AUGCGUUUCUCUGAGGGUGAGCUGCCCAUUCUCAGCGCUGAGCUGUAUGGGGAUGACCGAGUGUUUCCGGCGCCGAAGCGCUUGCCGGCCGUACGGAAGAAGCAAGUAAGGUCGUCAUCACGGGGGAUAGAAGAAGGACCGCGGAAACGCAAGAAGACACAACCUGUGGAAACUCCGGACCAAGAUGAUGAGACCAAGAGAGCGCGGGGACGGCCGCGCUUAGACACCAAAGAUGAGACUGCCGCUGAUACUCUGGAAAAGAAAGUCCAAAGUCUCCGAGACACUAACGAAGAGAUGAGCAACGUUUUCAUGCAGCUGCACGACUUCGCGUUGAGCAGCGGGCUGCUGGACCAGGUUCCUGAGUUCGGCCGCCAACUGCAGCAGACGACAGAGAAGUUUCUCUCACUUGCUCGUGAAGCGAGCGAUGAGGACCUCAAGGAAGGGGAAGCCAAGACGACGAUUUCAACUCCAGUUGACAAGAAAGGCGGGGAUAGCCAGUCCGCUACGAGUUCACCAUCGCCGCCCGUCACAACCCACCCAGCAGGAGCAGCUGCAUCACCAGAGUCGUCGGCACAUGGGGUGCCAACCACCUUACCCAGCGGUAUCAUGGUCCCAUACACAUCCGGGGCCCAACCAAAUUAUGCCGUAGCUCCAACCCUCCCUCAACAAGAUCCCCCCACCACGACCUUCCCCUACGAAAUCCUCACCCAUCCGACCCUCGACAAUGCCAGCUUCCCCCUCGAGCCGUUCCCCAACCUUCCCUUCUCCGAUAAUCUCUCCUUCUCCGCCCUUUUACCACCAUCCCCCGCGCCCCCGGCCUCUUACGCGGACCUCGAAACCACCUUCGGCCGGCGCCUGCACCGCUACUCCCUCGAACAAGCCCUCAUCCUCCUCGACAUGCCCAACCCACCCGAGAGCCUCAUCGCGCGCGUCUUUGGCUUCUGCCUCCUCAUCGAGUCGCCAGCAACCAUCCACCGUCGACUCCUUCGCAUGCUAGGCCGCGGACAGAACCAGUCCCUCUUCAACUGGCAGUUUCCCUUCUACCACCUCGGCGGCGCAGGCACACACUUCGAGCUCGAUCUCGACUCCGACUCCGCCCCGAACACCUCCUCCACCGGUGCUAACACCCCAGGCGUACCAACCCACCCCUUAGCCGGCAACCAAGGCAGGGAGGACGUUCUCAAGCCCGCCUCCACCUCCGGCUUUGCCACGGGGCCCUUUUCCGCCGCGAUCAACUCUGUCCGCGACCGCCAGCUGGACAUAGACAUGCGCAUGGCCUUGCCGGGUUUCGCGGGCGAGUACUUUGACUGUGACGAGGCCGAGAUGUAUCUGUACCGGCGCGGCGUGGUGAUCCCGCCCGGGUCGGAGGUGGUCACGAUAGAGGUGGAUGUCAACGAGUUGGAGGCGGCGUGCAUAGAAGGGGAAGCGAGGGCGCGCAGCAGUGAUAAUAGUGGCGGCGCGAAGAAUGCCGGUGGUGGGGUUACGGAGUGGAAGGCGGAGACCAUAGGGGAUCUUGAUACUGGGAGCAGUGGGAGCGAGACUGCGUGGUCGAUACCCGGUGGGACGGCGGCUGGUGGUGGGAUGGUUGAUCCGGCGUUGGAUGUUUUUGGUUCUGAGGGAGAUCCUUUCAUGCCUGCUACGAGCAUGGCUGGGGGCUCAGGGAUUCUGCCCUUCGGGAUGGUCGCGACCGAUGUGAUGGGGAAUAUAGGGUAUCAAGAGCCCCGAAGGGAGGCGAGGAAUCCGGCCCUGAAGAGGGUGGUGGUGGAUGUGAUGCAGUUGGUCAAAGAAAUGGCGAAACGAGGAAUCUGUCUCGGUCGGACUCCUGGGUUCAAGCAGUCAGACGUCGAUCGGGCGCUUUGGAGAGCUAUCAAGACUUCGACGGAGUGA